CCUGCAGAGACGCCGCGCCGAUCGGCCUCCUGCUUCCUGCGAACACGCGCGCGAUCCCGACACGCGAACCGGCAGGAAUUCCCGCCGCGCCACGAUCGGCAGCAGGAAGCCACGCGGCUACGAAGGUGAAAGUUGCUAGUUCAAGGUAGAAAAUAAAGUGUAUGUGGUUGCUGGACAAAUGUGUUGUUGAAUUCGGUAGCAGGAUUACGUGCUAAAUGGUCUGUUGCGAAUGACGGGAUCAUGUGUACAUUUGGUUCAAGCGAAAAUUUCACCGUAACACACCGCACAUAAAAUCCUGAUACCUCCAUUCAACGACACUCUUUUUCCCAAAGAGCACUCUCAUCACAUUUCUAACGAAAUCGAUUCCAAAGACGUGAGGUAGUGAACGAAUUGCGCUAAAAUGAAAGUGACAGCAGUGAUUCGAUGUAGUGGUGGUUGCGGCGCCAGGAUACUCAUCAGCAGGAGAAACUCCUUCAGGCCCUCCGGGGCGCCGUUCCGAGGAUAACGACAGUCAGGAGACAUCCAAGGAUGUUCCCGGCGUGCAUCAAGGGCCCAAGGUCCUCCUCGCAGCAGCAGGGGUCUGCAGCGGACGAUAUUAGCAGGCAGACCAAGUCCAUUGUACAGCUCGAGGGAAACUCGACGUAUUUCAUAAAACUCAAGCUAUUUUCCAUAUUAAAACCAGGGGCGGAACCAGGAGACUGUGUAGGGGGUCCGGAUACCCCUGAAAUAUCCGAGUAUCAAAAAAAAUUCUGA